CAAUUGUCAGUUAAAAUCUCAUUCAAAUCAAACACGCAGAUCAAACAAAACUCAAAACAAAUUAUACAAACAAAAUAAUUAUUAUGUAAUUAUUUAUCAGUUGAAGAGAAAACUGUAAAUUAAAAAGAAUCCUUGAAUGAAAUGUUCUAUCAGCUCAUAAGAAAAAUAUCUGUUGAUUCCAAGAUUGUUAUGACAUCGUUACAGCUAUACAAGCAUUUAUUACGUCAAUGCGAGAAAUUACCACCGGAUGCUUGUAAACAUUAUAAAUUUGCAGUUAAACAGAGUUACAAACAACAUAAAUCUGAAAGUGACCCAGUUAGAGUGGAAGAAAUCAUACAAAAAAGCAUUAGCGAUGCUAAUUGGAUUUUGAAAAAGUAUUUGAAUAAAUAAUGGAAAAAAUAAAUAAGGUUUACUUACAGAGAGUAUUCAAGAAGUAUUUUAUUUAUUAUAAGCAAAUACUGUAACUGAAAAUGUUUGGUGAAAAAAUAGAAGACUAUGAAAUACUAGAACAUCUUGGUAAAGGAGGAUUUGCUCAUGUAUAUCGAGCAAAAUGUCGAAAGACAUGUUUAUUUGUUGCUAUCAAAAUGAUAGACAAAGCUCUGAUGGCAAAUGCAGGAAUGAUAGGUAGAGUAAGACAAGAAGUUACAAUACAUUCACGCUUAAAGCAUCCUGCUAUACUAGAAUUAUAUACAUUCUUUGAAGAUGCACAUUAUGUAUACUUAGUGUUAGAAUUAGCACAUAAUGGUGAAUUAGCUAAGCACUUUAAAUUAGGUACGUGUGGCCUUUCAGAGAAGGCUGCAUCUGACAUUUUUCGACAAGUCCUUAGUGGAGUUCUAUAUCUUCAUACCCAUAACAUUAUACACAGAGAUCUUUCACUCAACAAUUUGUUAUUGACUAAAGAUUUGAAUGUCAAAAUAGCUGACUUUGGUCUAGCUACACAGCUCAAUGGGCCUGAUGAGAAACAUGUUACUAUGUGUGGUACUCCUAACUAUAUAUCACCUGAAGUAGCUUCGCGAGAGUUACAUGGCUUGCCAGCAGACGUGUGGGGCUUGGGUUGUAUGUUGUAUACAUUGUUAGUUGGUAGUCCACCCUUUCACACCAAACAUGUGAAAACUACCUUAAACAAAGUGAUUAAUGCAGACUACAAAAUACCAGCUGAAUUAUCCAUACAGGCUCAGGAUUUAUUACAGAAACUUUUGUGUAAAGAUCCUUCUAGAAGAAUUACUCUCAAGGGCAUCAUGGAACAUCCUUUUCUAAAUAAUUGUUUUACAAAUCAUCUGAAACAAGACCUAUCUAGAGAUUCUGGAUUCCUAACUACAAUGCAUAGUACACAGCACAGUCAAAAACCUAGAAUAGAUGAAAAGAGCGAGUCAAGUGCGAAAUUAUUUGAUCAUAAUAAUUUCAAUAACGAAAUGGCUGUGGCCCAUAAAUGUCUGGAACAUAGUUCAUACAAUUUAUUUAAUUCAAAACAGCAAAAAGAGUAUAUUUCUUCUGAACCUGAACCUUUAAAACUUUUUGAAAAUCAAAACAAAAUGCACAUGGUUGUCCAAAAACCAGAUAGUCCAUGUAACAGUGUUAGUCUUUUAGAAAAAAUGAAAUUAAUGAAUAUAAAAGCUAUGAAUAUUCCUAGUUUAUCUGAAGAAAACAAAGAAAACUUGAAACCAAACCAACCAACCAUAACAAACUCAAAUUCAUUAAGUGUACCACCUCUCUGUGCUGACAGAUUGCCUACAAUAUCUCAUAGGACUAGAAAUGCCAUCUUGAAAAUUGAACCAUGUGGUGUCAUUGUAGAGUUUAUAAAGAGAAAGGGUAAAGACAGGGAAGAGAGAAUAGCAGAAGUUUGUAAAAUUUCUAGAGAUGGUAUGAAAAUUAUUAUAUAUACAGUAGACAAAGAAAAGGAUAAAGUUUUAAACUUGGAAUACAAUCCUAAACCUGAUGAGGUUUUUUCAUACCACAAUUUACCACAAAAACACUGGAAAAAAUAUCUGUAUGCAGCGCGGUUUGUAGAUCUUGUUAAAGCUAAAACACCAAAAAUUACUAUUUACACUUCACUUGCAAAGUGUCAGCUUAUGGAAAAUGGUACAGACAUAGAAAUGUUUUUUUAUAAUGGCGAAAAGAUUACUUUUACAUCAGUAGAAGGAUUAAAAAUUAUUGAUAAAGCUCUCAAAAUUCAUCAAAAUCCUGGCUCAUUGACUCCAGACCUAAAAAAUUUAACUGAUCAUUUUGAAGAGUGUUCCAAUCGUUUUAAUAGAAUACAAAAUGCUCUUUCAUGUAUUUCUGAUGAAUGUUUUCCAUUGAUUAUUGGUAAAAGACCAAUUCAAACUGCAAGCAAUGUAAUAACACAUAAUAUAACAGCCACACCAUCUCUGCAGGGAUAUAGUGACAGGAAUUUCAAUACACCACUUUUCAAUAAUUUUGGAUCAUUUCAUCGUACAACUACUUGUUCUAGUCGCUCACCAAGUGAAAACAAUGAACGCUUUUAGAGUAAUUUAAAUUUAACAUUAUAGAUAUUUUAUAAGUAGAAUCAUCUUUAGCACCCAUUAAUUCCACAAUGUUUAUCUACGAGCAUCUGUCGCCAAAUAAAAAAUGUUCGUUACUGAAAUAUUAUACUUAUGUCUACGAAUUUUAUGCUAUAAUUAGCGGACGCCCGCGACUUCGUCCGCGUGUAACUCAAUGUAAACUUCGAAGUACCCCUACCCCUACUCUACCUCUACCUCUACACUCCCCCUCCUCUACCCCUACCCUAUCCCUACCCCCAACCCUUACCCUACCCCUACUCUACCCUUCAACUUUUAAAUUUUUCUUCAUAAGAACCUUUUCCUGACAAUAACAAACACGUCAAAAAAAAUAGUCAAAUCGGUCCAGCCGUUCAUGCGUGAUGGCGUGACCAAGGGAUUAUGGAUUCAUUUUUAUAUUAUGCUAUGUUGUGCAAUUCAGAACAAAUCUUUUAGUUUGUUCAAAUUAUUUAGUAAAUCCAAUGACUAUUGUAAUUAGUUAAUUUCAUCAAGGUAAGAUUUUUGAGAUAUAAUAAAUGCUGAACAUUAUAAAUUAGUUAAUUGAUUAUUUAAAUUUAUGUAGUGCUUAGAAUAUAAUACAUAACAAUUUUACUUUAGUUAGCAUAAGUUUUACUUUAUAGUUAUUAUAGGUCUCUUGGAACUUAUUCUGUUCUUAUCACUUAAUAAUAAUAUAAUAUUGUAAUUAAAAUUAAUAUACUUAUUGUGUAGAGACAGUGUAGUUAUUCAGUUUAUAUUUAAAUAUUCAUAAUAUAAUGACAAGCAAAAUUGCAUAAAAGCGUACUAAUUGUUCAUGGUUCUCUGUAAUUUUGAGAAAUUAUAAAGUACUUUAAUUUUAUUCCUAUGACUCUUUAUCAUUACAUGAUGAAACCAAAAAAAUAUAUAUAUUUUAUUUUAAAA